AUGAGGAAAAAUAAUAACAAUGUAAAGAAUUCGAAAUUGUAUGCCAAAAACCGCUCCCCGACACAAAUGCACCCUUCUGGUGUAACGUGUCGUAAAUACACAAACAAACAAAACAUAAUUAAGGCUACGGAGCAGGAUGCAGCUUUGCAAGUUGUAAUCGAUUAUAUCCGAAACGGUUGGCCUAACACCAUCGAGCGAGUUCCGGCAGCCGCCAAAAUUUUCUACAAGUAUCGAAGCGAAUUAUCUACCCAAGACGGAUUAGCUUUCAGAGGUGAUCGUAUUUUAAUCCCUAAUGCACUACAUCGUUCCAUGAUUGAGAAAGUCCACGUAAGUCACAACGGUAUUGAAUCGACUCUGAAACUCGCUCGGGAAAACAUGUUUUGGCCAGGAAUGAGCGCGCAAAUUACGGAUGUUGUGAAGGAAUGCACUAUUUGCGCCAAAUUUUCUCCGAGUCAGCAGAAACCUCCGAUGAAGAAUCACGCAAUUUCAAUAUAUUCGUGGCAAACUGUAUCGAUGCAUGUAUUCUUUGCAACCUAUCGCAAGAAGCAUCAAUUUCUAGUAACCGUAGAUCAUUAUUCAGAUUACAUUGAACUUGAUCUGCUGAAAGACAUGACAGCCAAAAGCCUCGUUGAAAGCUGCAAAAGGAAUUUCUCCCGCCAUGGAAUCCCUCAGAUCGUCAACACAGACAACGGGACAAAUUUUGUUAACGAAGAGAUGAAGGAUUUGUCUAUGAAAUGGGACUUCAAGCACUCGACGUCUUCUCCUCAUCACCAGCAAGGUAAUGGUAAAGCUGAAGCAGCGGUAAAAAUCGCGAAACGAUUGCUACAAAAGCAGAGGAAACCGGGCAGGACAUAUGGUAUGUUUUGCUCCACUGGAGGAAUAUUCCGAAUAAAAUUGGAAGCAGCCCAGUAA